AUGCAAGCAACCUGUGGACCAGGGCAAUUGCUGGUAAGAGGGUCAUGACUUUAACAAACUUGGUUGUAGAUAAGCAGAUGAUGUUACAUACUGAAUAUCUGACAACUUGGACAUUUCCUUUUGCCACCCCAGCUGCAGAUGGGAUGCAGUGAUUUAAUGUGAAUGUUUUCUGUACAUUUGAAUCAUGCUAUAAAGUGUAUAUAACAUAUUUUUAACUUCAUACUUACAGCUGAUGUUGUGCACAGACAAUAGAUGUGAUUUUAAUGUCUGUUUUCUGCUUAAGAUGCGUCUGCAUUGUGGAGCCGGGCAUGCCCACUCUUUAUCUGACUGUUUACAGGCUAAGACAGAAUUUUCCUCUAUUACACUGGAAAGAAAAAAGUAAAUUAAAUUGUCAUUUUUAUACAAUGAUAAUGUCGUUAAUGAUUCCGAACUGACAACCUUACUGUACAUGACUAGUCCAAAUAAUUAGAAGUAAGACGUAAUGUACUGAUUACGUCUAAACGGUAAACGUCGUUUUCCUGAAGCAAAUUGAUUUCAAAUUAAAUUUGAGUUUUCCUUGUUUAAUAUUUGCUAACACACAAAAUUAUCAUUAUUUAAACACAAUGAUGACAAUUACCCCUUAAAAGUGUGAACAUUAUGUCAGAAUAUCACUUUUUGUAGAUUAUGAAAAUAGAUACAGUAUUAACAAAACCCAAAGUGUAUUCGUUUUUUACUCAGUGUUUCAGAUUGGAUCGGCCCUUAGGAUUUUGUCUGAUAAAACUUCAAAUUGACCGAAUAAAUUAAUUUCAAUCGGACGAUCUUGCCGACAAAUGAACCGUUGGACAGACAAUUUGACUGGUACAUUUCUGUAGCAAUAAGUCUUUUGGACGAUAAAAUCUUGCAGUAUCUUGUUUAUUUUGUCUACAAUACAGGUGCCUUAAAAACAUAGACAUGAUUGGCAAUCAUAAAGACGCUUCGGAAUUAAUGUUCGGAAUACUUUGCCUUUUAUCAUACACAGUCGUUCAUGUCAGGUGGUCGCUCGCUUAAGAAAUAGUUUUCAUUAAUCUGGCUUUCGGAAACUAAAUUUUGAAGGGAUUUUAGAGGGAUUGUUCUUUUCACUGUUAAAACUUUCAAGUUGCAAGCGACAUUACCUGAUAUAUGGGAUGGAUAUUCGUGGAAGUGAACAGUGCGAAAUCUAACAAAUUAAUGAGGGGGCAAUUGAUUUGUGCACAUGCACAUUUUGCAAGUUUAAUUAUUUCAUUCGAAACUAGAGUAAAUCGUAUUCAUAUUUACUGCUGGGGAAUGUGUUGCGCGUGUAAACUUUUGUGUGCGUAAAUACAUGACCAUAAUGACGUCAUUUUGUCGCUUAGUUAAACUACUGCAUAUGUUUAUACAAUGCGCGUGUUCUCAUUGGUUUCUAUUGAUGUUAAUUCACCGCUUAACUCUGCCUACAAGGCUGUGCAUUUACUGCGUUUGCAGAGCAGAGAAGUAUCAAAAUUGUCGGCAAAAUGACGAUUGCUUUCAUCUUUUGAUCUAAGCCUUUAUUGUUUGGAAUGAAUGCCCAUGUAUGCUAGUUGACUGGAGAAGCUUUAACAGCAGUCAAUCUAUUGCUCUGAUUAUGAACUGAUAUCGCAACAAACGUCAUCAGUGACUUUAUGACAUGUUUUUGUUUUCGUUCAUUAUAAUAUUAUGUUAUGAAGCUUAGCAACUACUGACAAAUGUUCACUUUAUCACUUUAAAUAUUACAUGUAAAAAAUGAAUGUUGUGCAAUUCUUUCAUUUCCCCAUACUCCAAAAUAUGUAUUAUUGGGAAAAACAUCACCAAACUGCUUUAACCACAGCCUUUUAAACACCCCUAAACUUAAGUGUUAUUUGAAGUGAUAUGUUAUUGAAUAAGUAUUAAGCUGUUUUCUAUCAAUUUUACAUAAAAAACUGUCCGAAAGUUUUUUUAGAGAUUUAGAACAAAUGUCCAGAAAAGAAUUGACAAUUUAGGACACCUGUGUCCUGAGGAAAGUGGGAGCAAUCUGAAACACUGGUUACUCUUAAUUAUAGAAUUAUUUCGAACGAAAAUAUACUUUAUUCGCGUACAAAACUUUGGGGCGAAAAAUAAGGCGGAAUGGGAACAGAAAGUAUUGUUUUCGGGCGGACUAGAGGCAGAAAUUGAUUUCCCAAAAAGACCAUGUCUUUUGAUUUUUUCCAGGCCUAACUCAUUAGCAAUUCCGGGCGCAAAUAAGACUCUGGCGGAAUUAAAUACUUAUACAUUUCUCUGGGGCAGAAUGUUGGACUUUGAAAACUAUUGAUUAAGAAUUUCAAAAUGGGACUUUUAAGAUAAUAAUUAAAUAAAAGCGCUGAGGCACUGUAGGUGUUCGCUGUUGUAUAAGUUUAGAUGAAACUCAGUGUUAAAAAUUAUGUUAUAGCUUUUUUAUAUUGCAAGUUUUAAAUGAACACAACCCAUUUAAAUGUAUAAAAAGUGUGUCUUAAAACACAGGUCGAAAUGUGUUUUUUUUGUAAAUCAUUAAUGGAAAAUAUAAUUUAAGCUUCAUUUUGGGAAAACAGGGCUUAAUGCAUAUGCAUAAAUGUCAUCCCAGUAUCAGAGACUCUCUUUAAACAAAAAGCAUUAUAAAAUCAGAAAUGUCGUCCUUGAUAAGCUUGUGUGCAUUGCACAGGCUAAUCAGUGUGCACAGGCUAAUCUUAUGUGACAUGCAUUAAGCCCCGUUUUCCCUGAAAGCAGCCAAUAGUUAAGUGCAUACUGAUUUGCAAAACUUGCUCUGUCACAUUAGUGUGAGCCAUCACUCACACUAAUUAAAACAGAGUUCUUAUAUCAGUUUCUAAAUGGUUAUUGUAGGAAACAUUUGCCAUACUCAAGGAAAACAACAUAUAUAUUCAUUUCAUACAAUAGUUAACCCAUGCAAAAAAGGCUGAAAUAAGCUUAAAAUGACACAAAUUUAAGACUGGAAUGACUCUGAAAAAAUAGGACUGAUCCACAAAUUUAGCUGCAAGUUGACUCCUCAAUAUGUGGAGGAAAAUAAUUAACUUAGAUAAAAACUGUUCUGGAUGAAAUUUAUAUAUAUUUUGGCUCAGGCUUAUUUUUAUAACACCUUAUUAUUUAAUUACUUUGUUAUGAUAAUUUACCUUUCAACAUUUUAAGUACAUGUAAAUCUACUAUGCAUUUAAAUUAUCUUUGACUUACUGAAGGUCUUUGAGUUAAUUUGAUUAAGAAGCCUGUAUGCAAGUUGAUAAUUGUUGUAAAAUAAAGUGGCUGUAUCUUAAAGAAUUCAAGGGUAAUAGGAUAUCCUACAGCCUAUACCACAACCACUGGUGUCACUGUAUGAGUCAGAAAUUUGAAAAAGAGCGGUUGUUAGCUAGACAGUGUUACUGGCUUGAAAAUUUGAAAUGCAGUUUCAAAGCAAUGAUUGGACUUUUUUAAUUUGAAGUUUUAAUCAUGUGAUGAAUUAAUCUUACUUUGAAGAACAUUCUGAAAUAAUUAAGUAAAAUGUGGAAGUCAACAUUCAGUGUGUAAAAAAGGCUGAAAAGAGUGAUUCAGUGAGUUAUGAUGGAACUUUUUAUAAUGCUCUUAACUACUCAACACAGGUUUGUUCUUAUAUUUACUUUGUAUUGUUUUCUUAUAAUGCUGUGUUUAUUAUAGUUAUAUUGUUUUACAGUAUUAUCUGUUUUGGCUGGUGAUUUACCUAUAACAUUUAAAAUGAAUGCUCAAGCCAGUUAUCUUUGCGGUAAUUUAACAUUAUAUUAAAGACAUAAUGCAGUAAAAGGUGUCUAUAUCUUAUUGAAUGUUUUUUGCCAUAUCAAGAUUUUUGUCAUUUGUGAAAUAGAAAUUAAGUCUUUUACAGUACACUCCACGCGUUUUCCCCAAUUUCCCUCCACACGCCGCGUGCAGUAACGCCAAGGGAGAUUAAUUAAGAAAAUUUUGCGAAGCGCGGCGUUUGCAUAAUAUAACUGUUUCAAUAAUUACUAUACUAAAAUACCAUAACAAUAAAGAUUAUUUUUGGAGGAAAUAUACAAUUAUUGGCGAUGAAAUUGUGUUAAAAAAUACCAAAGAAACUUUUAACCGAAAUCAACAUAAUUCAGUGUUCUCUGCACUACAAAGUUUGUAUAAAAAAAUCAAUACACGCACGCUUUCCAAGCUUUUCACGAAUAAACCUUGAACUUGUACAUUGCAGCAUAUUUUUCCCGCUCUUUUGUCGGGAAAUAUACAUGAUGACUGUAUAUUGGAAGCACUUGUAAAUGUUGUGUUAACAUUAAAAAUCGGAAGCGCGUUUCGGAUUACAAACAAUUAUUCUCAUUUAUAAAUUAAACGGAACAUUUAUUUUGGUGUUAUAUGUGUUAUGAAUUAAAUAUUAAUUAGUCAUAACGCUUUACAUGAGGUAUAUUCAUUCAUAUUGUCGACGUACCUGUGAAUAAAAACAUAUAUGAAUUGUUUAUACAAUUAUCUUUAUUUUUAUAAGCCACAGUAUUUUAACAAUUUUAAAUGACAAUGUUUUUAUUUUUUGGCAUGCUCGGCAGUAGCACACUGCUAAUGCGGUGUUAAGCAGCCGCCGCUGAUAAGAACAGAAAUUGUCUGCAUUUACCGACUAGGCUAAAGAAUUACAUGCCCCGGGAAUGGCGCGUUUUACCUCGCUUUCAAACUCCGCAUAAACACUCGCUAGCAGGAAAAAAACGCGGAGUGAGCGCAUUUUUUGGGGAAAACGCGUGGAGUGUACUGUAGCACAUUCAGAGGUCCAGAUAAUGUUUUUGUAUUCCUUAAAUUUAAUUAGUGAAUGUUUCAGUGAACCAACACGCAUUACUGUUGAUUUUGGGGUAUUUAGUUUUAAGCCAGAUAAUUUCACUUAAGUCUUUUAUUGCGUUUAUUAAAGCAGUGAAUGAGUUAAUUGUUCCAUCAAUUGUGUAUGUAUGUUGUGUCAUCUGCAAAAAGGUUUGUUUUAUGAUUGAUUGUAUCUGGAAAUAAAUAAAAAUCACAAAACAACAUGAAAACAAAAUGCAACUGUCAAAGUUUUUUUUUAGAUUUUGUGACCACUUAAUGUCCGUCAAUCCAUCAGCAGCUUAAGGAGCUAUGUAUAUACUGGAGUAGUUCGUAAUACCCCUCCUUCAAAAUCAUUCGCAAAUUCUCCUGUUAUUUCUGCCCAGAAAUAAAUUCCAUCCCAGUCUAGUUACUGCUCAGAAAUCUUUUCCGCAUCAUGUGUAUAUUUCGCCCUAAAUUCUAUCCCAUUUCCGCCUAAUGUUUCCAAGUAGAAAUUAUUCUAUCUUGUAAUCACUGUAUUUAAUAUAUAUAAUGGAUGGAAUCAACAAUUUUCCAGGCGCAACUGUCUUAAAUUCCGUCUCAAUUCCAGGCUGAACAUUUCGUUCAGGUAUGCAGGUUCUAAUCUUAUGCUAAAAUCAGUUAACAAAAAGGGCUACGUAUUAUACUUCUUUCUGAAAUUCACAAAUAAGCGUAACAUAAUUUAUUACAUUAAGAAAUAGAAAAAGUAUUAUAAUUCUUUCUGAAAUGCUCAAAUUAGCAUAACACAAUUGAUUAUAUUAAGAAAUACACAAAGUAAAACACUACUUGCUUACCUCUCUUCGUGUGGAUGAUCCAUAGUUUAUUUUCUUUACCAGUUCUUCCUACGACACCAUGAAUGUCUAGAAAUAUUGCUUUUCAUAAAAGCAGUCACAAGUGUCGCUAUUUCCCUUCCCGAGUAAUUCACCAGCAUUAUACCUGACCACAUGAUAGUGUUAAGUUAAUUGGCUUUAUUAAUUAGUUCAAGAUAGCGGGUUAUGUUUACAGUAAGGCUCUCUCCUUAGUUUAAUCCGACAACAAAUUGUCACUGCUAUAUCUCUUUGAAAUAAUACAGACACCAUAUUCUUCAGAAAUUCUCAGUUUUUAGGGAUUUUAGGGCCAGUUGUAUUAAGACCAGCAAUAAGUGAACAACUAAAUAUUAAGUGUAAAAGUAAAAACUGCUUACUUUGGAUAUUAUGAAACUUGUGUUAAAAUAAAAAUAAAAUACAAUCUAAAAUAUUAAUAAAGUGUUGUGUUAUUAACCCAUUCAAGCCUAGUGGACUCUAACAUUCUUCUCAAUUGGAUCAAUUUACUUCCAAAAUUAGGGAUGUCUAGUAUAUUUAUUUCUAUAUUUAGAAUAUUUCUUACAGAAAUUUCUUUAAGCAAACAGCGCAGACCCUGAUGAGACGCUGCAUCAUGCAGCGUCUCAUCUGGGUCUGCACGCAUUAAACAGUGCAGACCCUGAUGAGACGUUGCAUCAUGCAGUGUCUCAUCUGGGUCUGCACGCAUUAAACAGUGCAGACCCUGAUGAGACGCUGCAUCAUGCAGCGUCUCAUCUUGGUCUGCACUAUUUGCCAAGGCCUUUUUUCUAGACGCUAGGCAUAAAUGGGUUAUUGAACUCAAUGACUAGUGAUUAAAUUGUAUACAGUUUUAACAGUUAUUCUUAUAGAUCACACAUCUUGGCUGCCUCAGUACCAAAUUAAAGGAGGUAGUGUCAGGCUGCAUUUCGGCAGACUUUUCAAGUUUUGAAGGCUGUUUCUCAUUUAAACAAAAUUUAAGAUGUCUUCAAAUAUAUAUGCUCUUUUUAUUUGGUACAAAGACGAUCCAAUCACAGGAAAUGUUAUGAAUAUUUCCGCUGUAACUGAACCUAGAAAGGAAUACACCGAUUACAGAGUAGGAGAUGUAGUUAAGGCGAGAUGUGGGUCAUUUGGUGUUGUACCCGCCAUUAUCGGAAAGAUCGGAGGUAAAUCGAUAUUUAAUGUUAAAUGCAACUGCCAAACAAACAUUAUUAUAUUAUUAAAAACAUUUGUUAUUAUAUUUUGUAUUAUUAUAAAUUUACAAAAACAAAUACCAGUUUACAUUAAGCUUGAUUUUUCCUGUAUAAUUUUAUUAGAUAAAGCUGAGAAGAAAGAUCUGGAGAAGCUCUUGAGCAUGCCUCAGAUGUUUUCUACCCUCAUAGACAGCUUUAUACCUGAGAUUCUUGUCAUGAAAAAUGAAGGAAAUGGAUUGCCAAAAAUGAGCUCUGAGGAGACAGCAUCAAGCUCUGACAAUUUAGAGGAGACAGUAUCAAAGGCAGCAGAUGCAAACAAUCAGAAACAAACAGGCAAUGGAUCAAAGGAAGUGAAGAAUCCAACUGUUGUGAAACCAAAGGCUGUGCGACGGAAACUUUCGAUAGUCCCUUAUGAAGUGAGAAAUCCAAAGGUGCUCCAAUCUGAUGCUGAAGACAGAGCAUUGGCCAGCUUCCAUGUGCAAAUGGAGAUUGAACAGACUGAAAUUGAUCAAUCUGAAAACAGUCAGUCAUCUUCUCAGCUUCUGGGAGACAGUUUAAAGUUGUUAAACUCAACAGGAAUGACGCCAAGGAAAUCGCCAAGACAAAAUAAUAAAUCAAGCUCCUCCAAGCCUCAAAACCACGAAACAGUUAUAAAGCAACUGGAAGCAGAUAACAAAGCCCUUCAGUCAAGGGUUGAGAGACUAGAAGGAGACAACCAGGACCUCCAGUCAAGGGUGGGCUAUCUGGAAUACCAGGCAGGCAUACUUUGGAGUGAGUUAGAGCAAAUGAAGUUACACAGCACUCAGAUUCAUGCAUUGAGGAGCCCAGCUCCAACAUUUAGCCCGAGGGGAGUGCUGAGCCAAUUCGAAUCUAGCUGUACUUCAGCAUUCUCCAAGCCUGAUAGUCAAGAGGACGAACAAUCAGUUGGAAAAGAAGAAGAAACUUCAGCCACAAGCAAAAUCUCUGAAAAAGAACCGAGCUACAAUGGUUAUGUGAAGAGCCAAAUUUUGGAAUUAUUAGAUGAAUGCAAAGACUUCAAGAAAGGAACGGCGAUGGUCUUUCGAAAAAUCUUUACAGAGGAGGAGAUAAGGGGGAGAAGCCUCUCAGGGGGCAUUUCAAAGGACGGAACGAGGCGACCAGCACUAGAAGACCAGAAGAAGAUUAUCUUUUUGGAAGAAGUCAUCAAGGAAAAAUGGCCCUCCACCACAAAGGACACCAUUAAGUUUGUGCUAAGAGACCUGCUUAAGCCAUCCAGAAGUAAAAAAAGUUGAAAUGCUUUCCUUGGAAAUACAGAAAUUAAAUUACACAGUGAAGUUCUCAAUUUUAUUAUCAUUGUGAUGAAAGUAGUCAUAAUCAAUAUGAAAAUAAAGAAAUGUAUUCCAAAAUUUAACAUAUUCUUGAAUUAUUUGAAGUUAAGAAUACAGACAGAAGAAGAAAUUGCCGUUUAAAAAAAAUUGAAACACACGCACAAAAAUGGAUCAACAUCAAUCAAUAUUUUUUUAAGUGAGACUUUAUAUUCAUAUACAGUUUUCAUAUAACAAUGCCCAUACAAUUACUAAACAUCCUUGUCUUAUUUGUUCGCCUUUUCAUUUGAUAUCCCCCGCCAUAGGCGGAGGGAUAUUGUUUUCGCCUUGUCCAUCUCUCCUUCCGUCCGUCUUUCCGUCCGUCUUUCCGUCUGUCCAUCCAGAGCCAUAUCUUGCAAGUGCUUUGGCGGAUUUCAUUGAAACUUGGUAUGGGUAUAUAUAUAUAUAUAUAUAUAUAUAUAUAUAUAUAUAUAUAUAUAUAUAUAUAUAUAUAUAUAUAUAUAUAUAUAUAUAUAUAUAUAUAUGGAUAACAGGAUGAUGCAAGCCAAAUGGUAUUGCACACAUUCUGUUAAUAACGAAGUUAUGGCCCUUUUUAUCUUGAAAAAAUAUGCUUUUUUUUGUGUCAAAUAUAACACUUUUGUGUCCAGAAGCAUAUUUGCAGGGGAUAUCAAUUCAACGAAUUUGCUUGUUCUUUAAUAACUGUAUUGUUACUUGUAAAGUACAAAAACACAGGGUGAAAGAUAUUAUUAUUUUUGUUAUAUUUAUCCAUAACACAAACUGUUAAACAUGUAAUAGAAUAUAUGUUGUGUGUGAUGUGUGUGUGUGCAUGUAAUUGUGUGUGUUUAUGAGCAUAAUUAUGUGAGAAAGGAAGUAUACUUGUUAUAAGAGAAAUGUAAAAUUCUACUUCUAUGUUUUAUAUUGUGCCUUUUAUAUGUUUUUCUUUUCUCACCUGUAUAUGCGUGCAUGUUUAUGGAUGUGUUUUUGAAUGUGUGCAUGAAUGCCUGUGGUUAAGAGAAUUGGUACUUUAUGAAAAUGUUAAACCACUCAUUUUUGAAUAUGUACUGUGACUGCAUGUGUGUGGUUAAUGAUUGAUGCCAGAUCUUGUUCUUGUUUAACUUCUAUAAUGAAACCUUUAGUUACAUUCACAUUUGUUUUUCAAAAUCGAUAAAAUACCUUUAAUCUAUAA